AUGGCUUCCGGCGGCCAAGUUUCUGUGCUUUUGAACAUUUUAGAGGAAAAUGUCUAUCAAACUCUGUCUUCUGAAGUGAAAGACAAGAUAAAAUGUCAUCUUGAUGGUUUGCAGAACACAAUCGAAGAGCUGAAGGGUGCAACUGAAAAGCUCCGCGUUGAUUCUGAGCAAAGAUACUUUGAACUUGAAGCUCAAGUGAUCUCAUCAAAAGGACAGUAUGAAAAUGAACACAGAAAGAACCAUGAAUUGCUAUUGGCAAAGUCGACUCUUGAGGAGAAUCUUAAAGCGACCCAAGAGCGAAUUGAAGAAGCAGAAAAACAACUUCACCAACUCGCCCUUGAUAAGAGUCAGCUAGAAACGAGCAAGACACAACUUGAACUUGAGAAGACGGAUCUCAUGCAGAUGCUCGAGAAGAAGUCAAAGGAGACAGAAUCACUCUACGAGGAAUGGAAAACCAUUUCCGACAAAGUUGGCAAUGCCAAUUCAGCAAAAGUUGAUGCUCUUGCCAAGUUGGAAGAAAUUCAAAGCCGGGAGGUCUCCACUAAGCAUCGAGAGCAGAAAUUGGAACAAGAGCGUGACCAUCUUCAGAUGCAGAACACAUGGCUGGAGGGGGAGUUGACAACGAAGACAGAGGAGCUACUCAACAUGAGGAAAGAUCUGUCAAGUCGCUUCCUGGAGGUUAAUAGUCAGUUAGAAGGAAAGACGGAUGAAGUCACACAUCUGCAAAACCUGGUUGAGGACUUGAGGACUCAGAAUGAGGAGAAGGCCAAGAGAAUUGAAGCUUACAUACAGAAAGUUAACGAGGCAAGAGAAGCCCAGCUACUGUCAGAAGAACAAUUCAAACUGGAGCUGCAGUCACAAAAGAAACUCGUCUCAUUGUAUAAGUCUUCUUCUGAGGAGUCUGACAGCAGGGUCAAAGAACUUCUAAACGCCAUUGCAGAACUACAGAAAAUCGUACAUGAAUCGUCGGAGGUGACGAAGAAAUUAGAAUCCGAGGCGGAUGAGAAGGAUGAAGAGUGGAGAUUACAAGUGAGGGAGAGGGAUGAGACGAUCACUAGGCAACAGAAGGAGCUGGAGCAUGCUAACGACCUUAUCACGAUAGCCAAGAGGAGAGGUGGCAUCCCCCUUUCUGAGGAGGGUAUAGAGGCCAUGUCCCCUACUGCGGCGGCGGCCAGCAAACUGCUCAAGUCAGGGAUGACGCUGACGCAGAUAUACAGCGAGUACGUCCAAGCGACAGAUGCACUGCAGAUGGAGAAGGAAGAGAAUCGUCGCCUAAAUCAAUAUCUUGAUCAGAUUCUGCAGGAGAUUGAGGAGCGGACGCCGGUGAUGAAGAAGCAGAGGGAGGAUUAUGAAGCGGCGAUGCAGACGAUCAACCAGAUGACGAGCCAGCUGGAUACUGCUAUGAUCGAGGGCGAAAAGACGAGAAUUGAAUUGGAUGAAAAUCACCGCCGUGUAGGAAACCUUAGCCGGGACAACAAGCGACUUCAACAACAAACAGUUGAUCUAGGUUUACAGGUGCGAAUGUUGGUCAAAGAGUUGGAAGAGGCUCGUGGAACGUGCGUGUCGACAUCCCAAGAUGUUGCCAACGUCUCCGUGGGAGAAGUUUCCAGUUCUUCCAACCUGAUAACGGAGAAACUUGUCACGUUCAGAAGUAUCGAAGAACUCCAGGAGCAGAACCAGAAGCUGUUGCAGGUCGUGCGCGAACUCAGUGAGAAGAGGGAAGAAGAGGAUAAAAUGACUGUGGAUGCCAAAACAUCUGAGCUGAAGAAGGAGCUCGAUGUCGCACUUGAGGAACUCAAUGACAUCCGAGCUGCCAGGACCAGACAAGCUGAAAUGGUUGAGAGCAUUGUUCGACAAAGAGACAUGUAUCGUGUUCUGCUGGCCCAGACAUCUACAACACCUAUUCCAAGUUCGCCAUUCCAGACAUCAACUCCGGCUCGUCGAGCUCCAGCGUCGCCAGCUGUGCAGAGUGACAGCCCGGCCACUGACAAGAGACUGAAGGAGGCUACUUCAGCCAUCAAGGACUUACAGGAGGAGUUGGCUACCUACAAGAAAGAGAGAGCAAAUAAUGAAAAAUUACUUAAUGACCAGUUAGACAAAACUCGGCAAGAACUGUCCGACCACCGAGUGCAGAAUGCCAAGCUGGCAUCCCAGUUGGACUAUUCCGUUGAGAGAUUCAACAUCGUGCAAAAGAAUUGUGAGAGUUAUAAGAAAGAGAUUGCUGCACUGAGAGACAAGAACCAACAAUAUACAACAUCGAUCGUCAAACAUGAGAAAUCCAUCAACUCCUUGAGAGAGGAUUUGAUGGCGUCCCAGGACAGGUUAACCAAGUCUGACGUGCAGUGUCAGAACCUUAAAGCUCAACUGGUCAUGGUCAAGAUGACCGAGGCUCGGCUCCAGCAGGAGAAGGAAUCAAUGCAUCGGGAACAGCUAUCACAGAAUGUCUUGCUGGCUAAUCUACAUGCUAUACAGAACAACUUAGAGCGACAAGAAUUUGAGAUGAAAACGAAAACAAAGCACCAACUGGAGGCGAUGGAGAAUGAAUCAAUGUCCCUGAGGAGGCAGAUUGCUAUGGCAGAGGGUGAAAUCAAGGCACUCAACAGGCAGAAGGAGGCAGACGUCGGGACACUUGAGCAGAAGUUGACGAGGGAGACUGAGGCACAUAACAAGACCAAGGAUGAACUAACAGAUGCGUAUGCAAGGGUGCAUAUCUUGGGACAAGAGUUAUCAACUGCGGAAUCAAAGAGGGCGGCAACAGAGCAUAAACUACAACAGGUCCUGCAGCAACAGGACCCCAAUGCCAGGCUCCCGGACCCCGAGGCAGAAAAUGAAGAAAUCAAGGAUCUCAAGGCCCAAAUUGAACAGGCAUCUUCAGAAAUAUCUAGUCUGAAAGAGCAACUCGCCAGUGCCAAGCAGCACACCGACCAGUACAAGUCUAUAUCUGACAGCAUAGAGGUGAGGCUGAAGGAACAAAAUGAAGUCAGCGAUAAAUUCAAGACAAAUCUUGAGGCCAGGAUGGAUGCAAUUAAACAAGAAAACGAACGUUUGAAAAACCUUGGCGGAGGCCUUGAGAAGGAGCGGCACGACCUCCUAGCAGAAAACAUUAGGAUCUCAGAAGAGAGUCAUAACCUGAAUGCUGAAUUACGACGCCAGCUCGCCAGUAUCCAACACGAAUUGGAAGAAGCCGUGAAAAGACGAGAGGAGGCUAUCGUGAAUGAACAAAACGCUCGCACCGACUGCCAGGCACAAGUAAAGGUGGCAGCAGAAGCACAAGACAAGUAUGAAAAGGAAUUGAUCCAUCAUGCGUCGGACAUGGAGGCACUCGUUCAAGUCAGGAAGGAGCUGGCCGGUUUUAAUGAGCAGCUCAACGCUUCCCAGGAAGAGGCAAGGAAACUGAAGAUGACUCUUGAAUCGUCCACAACUGCCUGGCAAGAACAAGAGAAGGUCAUGAAAGAUGAGCAUAAGAAGCUGGAGUACAGACAUCGAGAACUCCGAGAACAAAAUAAUUUGCUCCAUCAACAAAUGGAAAAGCUGAGCAGUGAUGUGAUCAAUAUCCAGCAGUCCAGACUUCAGUCGCUUGACGUCUCGAUGACGGAAGAAUCUCAGAAAAACUCGGAGCAGCUGCUAGAAGUGAUCAGGUUUUUGAGGAAAGAGAAGGAAAUAGCUGAGACCAAAUCUGAAUAUUCCACUGCUGAGAGUAACAGACUGCGCCAGAAAUCUGAGUUCCUUGAGAAGCAGGUCGAAGAUCUGAAUAAGAAUUUAGCGGAGGAGAGACAGAUUAAGCAGGUGAGCGUGCAGAGUGCCGUAGAGCACACAGAACUGAUGAGGAAAGUGGAGAAUCUGAAUCUGUUGACUGACAGCAACAAGAUGCUGAGGGAGGAGAAGGAUCGCUUGAUGCAGCAGGUGAAAGAGUUUGAAGCCAAGGUCCAGAAGUUAGAGGACGACAUCCAGUCCUUGAAGGAGACAAAUCGUAAUCUCACCGCGCAGAAAACUGGUGUGGCGGCGGAAAAGAUAUCAUUACAAGGGGAAGUUGAACGCUGGAAACAGCGGGUCAGCAACAUGAUCGAACAAUCUAACAAGGCGGACCCGGAGGAGAGGAAGAAACUGAUAGCAGAGAAGGAGGAGUUGAGGAAACAGUUGUCUCAGGCCAGGGAGGAGUUGCAUCGUGUGAAAGCUGAGCAAUCUCGAACGAAUAUGACGCUGAAUACGACGCUGAAGGCCAAGCAGAAUGAAGUCAAUACGGUUAGGCAACAGAUGGAGAGUAAAAUUGCGGAGAUGACAUCAUACAAACAACAAAUAGAAAAAUUAGUAAAGGACAUCAAUGCCAAGAAAGCUGAAAUCGAUGAUAAGGAUAAGAAGAUGGAUGAGAGCACUAAGACUCUUAAUCAGUUGAAGAGGUUGGGUCGCAAGUACCGAACGGCAGCAGAAGAUUGUCAAAAAGAGGUGGAGACUCUGAAAGCACAGCUAGGCAAACAACAAGCACUACCACCUCCCCAGCCUGCCGUGACUGAGGAACAACUCAAAGCUGUCGAGCAUAAUCUUACUGCCGCACAGGAGAAGAUGAAAACGAUGGAGUCGGAGCUUGCUGCAGAGAAAGCCAAGCUCCAGGCAGCUGAGAGGGAGAAGACGGAGACACAAGGAAAGGUCCAGCAGCUUGAGAAUGAUGUCAAGGCACAGAAGGAAGAGGUUGCUAAGCGGGAUGCUGAGGUUACAAAUAAAGAGGCCGAGAUUUCUAAGCGAGGUGCGGAGAUUGCUAAGAGAGAUGCCGAGAUGGAAAAGCUAAAAAAGGAUGCAGAGGAAAAUCAAGGCAAAGAUGGUAAAAUAAAGGAAGAGAUAGCAGAGCUGAAGAAGAAACAGUCAGACAUGCUGAGUAUGUUACAGGCAGCAAAGAAGAGGAUCACUGCACAGAAAGAAGCGAUCGAGAAGUUAACGGGGGAGAAUAAUGACUUGAAGAGUCAGCUGGAGUCUCGGGUGAAUACAGACGAGGGUGACUCAACCAUCAAGUCGCAAUUCGAGGCUCAGAUCAAAGAACUAGAAUCUCAAGUCCAAGCUGCAAGGAGUGUCCAACAAACUGAAGCGGCCAACUUCAGUAGUCAGUUGGACGACUUGAAGAAGGAGAAUACAGACCUACAAACAAAGAUUCAGUCAUUGAAUAAAGAACUAGAGGACACGAAGCAGAAGCUCACUCAACAAGAAGCCUCGGCUGCAACUAUUGAAAGACAAGCGCCAGCCGCAGGGAAGUCGACCCCGAGGGCGAACAUCCAGCCGAUAUCAACCCCCUCUCCCGUGACGUCCCGUCAGUCGACAUCUGGUCAGCCAGUUGCCGGGAGUUCUGGCAUCAAGGCCACAGCGAGUAUCAGACCUAUGGCGAUUGCGUCCACAACUACACCUACUGCCACCGUUAUGCCAACAUUACAGGAGCAAGGUACAGUCAGCCAGUCGGUUGAGGAACAAACAGAAGCCGCUCCACCCAUUGCUGCCAUCCAGGGGUCACCUCAAGAGCCAACCCCCUCGACCAGUAAGCGCCCACGUGAGGACACAGAGACAAUCGAAGAGCCUGAGCCGUCGCAGCAAAUCAAGAGGACGAGAACUGCAACUGAUCAAGCUGAACCUACCUCCACAUCUGAAAAUGUAGCAGAUGCCGAGGAAGCUGCUCAAUUGGAAGGAGCAGACGACAUUGGUGAAGCAGCUGUUGAAGAAGAUGAUGCUCAAGAUAAUGGACUAGGGAUGGCAACCAUAGAACCGCUGGAUUACUUGGAAGAGGACGACGGUGAUGAAGUGAUCAUCGUUGAGAGUGAUGAUGAGGACGCGGAUGAUGACGAUGAUGAUGAUGCUGAUGAUGAUGAUGAUGAGGGUGAUGAGAGUCUGGAUGAGGAGGAGUUUGAAGGUGAUAUGGGAGCGGAGGAGGGCGACUUCCCAGAGGCUAUCAGUGCAGAAGAGUAUGAGGGGGAUGAAGGUAUGGAGGAAGAGGAGGAGUAUGGUGAUGGGGAGGAAGAAAUGGAAGAACAUGCUGAUGAUGAUGAUGACAGUGAUGAUGUAGUCAUUGUUGAAGAUGAUGAUGAUAACGAAGACGCCCAAGUGGGAUCCACUGGUGGUGAAGGUGACCAGUCCCAGCAAACAUCAAGUGCCCCCGACAGCCAACAGCCGUCUACGACCGGAGUAAGGCAGAUUGCGCCAUUGCCAAGGCUUGCUGGGAGAGCAGAGAGACUGCCGUCUGCUGGGCGAGCACAGUUGACACCAUUUUCAUUCGGUACGCAGGGGAGUGGAUUUGAAGAUGGUGACGACUGUACCGUGCCUAGCACUCCUACGCUCAGCUUACCGAAGAGAACUGAUGGGUUUGCCGAGGCUGUCAGUUCACCUGCCGUGCCAAAUGCCAGGUUUGUCUUUGGCAGUGGUUCGGAUGCUGCCCAGCAGUCGGAGCUGGCUCAGUUAGCUUCCCAAGGAGCCUUGGGUAUGGACGACACGAAAAUGGACCUGUCACAAUAUGAUGAGGGGAACCGCGUUACUAUAACGUCCAGCCUCUCUGGUCCUCCCAAUAUAGUGGUCACAUCAUCUGAUGGUCAACAGAUUCAUGGAGAGACGGCGGCUCCCUCUACCCAGGAAGCAGGGUCUGAUCAACCGUCAGUUACUGAAAGUCGGUCACAAGAGACGGGGGAGACAACGCAAGUUUCUGAGGUGAUGGCCAUCAGUACGAUCGGUACCACGAUCAGUGCUAUUGGUACAGUAGGAUCAGGCCCCUCUGACUCGAUGCCAAGUUUUGCCAGUCUUGCAGCAGAAGCUGGAGACAACAGUGAAAACUAUGAAAGUUAUGAUAUUCAAGGUGGUGCUCGCCCAAGAAUCCAACGGAUUGUAUGGGACCAACCUUUACAGAGGGUUGCCUCCCAACCACAGCAGCAGCCACCACCACAAGGACAACCUAUCUCAUCAUUAGCACGCAGCACCCCGCCUCAGGGAAUCCCUCCUCAGCAGCGUCGGGGCCAGAUGGGUCAACCCAUGGCUCGGAGGGGCCAAGGACAGCGAGGUAUCGGUCCACAGAGGGGCGGCAUGCAUAGGAUCGGCGGCAACCAGCAACAACGGGGACGUGGUCAAGGAGGUCAACGUGGUACUGCUAGACGAAGUCGACGUCCACCACAAUAUUGAAGAGACUUUAUUGACAAAGGUGUGGUGGCUAGUGUCAGGAAUAUUGAAGCACAGAAAAGUUAGGGUUCCAUUUGGUAUAAUCUUGAGCCCUGUUUGAGUGUGUCUUCAGCCCUACUUUGACCUGUGAGAAGACAUAGAUUGUGAAUUGGUCUGCUCAAAUGGUUGAACAAGCUUCCUGGAGCUGUCAUAAGAAUGAAAAGUAACUGAUGUAAAGCACAUGUCCUGAUGAAAUAGCUCAUGACAAAUUCAUGUUCAUUUCACGACCAUUAUUCAUUAAUCAUGUUGAUGUCCUCAUUGUGUUCAUAAACAAAUAAAAAUAUUGUGAUUAUAUAA